AUGCAAAUUAGUUCCCUUAUGUCAAGGGAUUUCAGUUAUUGCUUGUGUUUUAUUGCUGUGGACCGUUAUCGUAAUAUCGUGAAGUCUACACGUGAACCGUGGACUAUACGUCGUGCGCAUUCCUUAAUGGCCAUAUCUUGGCUUACUUCUGCAACUGUUUCUUCACCGCUUUUUAUCACACAGCGUUUACAACCUUUAGCUCUUGACAACACGACUCUUUGCGGAUACCUUCACUUAAUAGCAUUGGUUGAUUAUAGAAUGGACAAAUUUUGUGGUGAAUAUAAUUGGCCAGCCGAUAAUAAGGUUAAAUUAUUUUAUGGUUCUGUCUUACUUGUAUGCCAGUACCUCAUUCCAGCAUCAAUUAUGACUUUUUGCUAUUGGAAAAUUUUACAAAAGGUUCAAAUUUACAAUUUUUUUGCAGCAGAAAUAAAAUAA